CAUGGAGUCGAAGGCACGAAUGCACGAGUGGUCCAAGCGCUCCCUUGGGAUUUGUAAACGUGAGAGCGAAAUUUACCAUGAGCACUUUAAUCGCCCUCUUGACAAAGUGUGGGACCCAUUGAGCCUCCGUCAUUACGCGUGUAGUACCUUGGAGCCUGGGCGUGUGGCUGCGGCGAAAAGGCUGGGUGCCGUCGCGUUCUCGAAACUUGUGAAACCAUGGCGGAUACUCGGCGUCGCUGCGCCCUGGAAGUGUGCGGCCUCGUGAGCUCUGUCCACGGACUCGUGCUGCACCCUUUUCCCGCAGAAGAGGCGCCCGAGCGACAGGCCUGGAUCGACUUCGUGCGCGGUUGUCCGAGCGGCCAGCGGAGCGGAUGGACGCCUCCGUCGAGCGAGCAGAGCUUCGUGUGUUCGCUGCACUUCGACUCAAAGUGGUUUCAGUGCAAGCCGGAGGACGGCUCCGAGGUGCACGCCACCGGUGAACUAGCGCUCAAACCGGGCGCCGUGCCCACCCGGUACGGUGACAGCGGAGAGACCUCUCGUCCCUCCGGCAAUAUCGGCACCCGUGACGGAGUGUCUGUCCCGACGCCCGCGGAGACCUUGCAGGUGUGUGCUGGUUCCACGGCAGGUGACAAUAGUGGACUGAAACAUGCGGUUUCUGACGUACCUUCAGACACAGUGACUGCUCCAGGAGGGCUGCCAAGGAUCUGUCCUUGUGGACAAGUGGUCAACGUGAAUGAAGAGAGCCAGGCUCCAGGUUGGAAAGUGCGCAGGGAGGUGUCCAUCCAGUGCGGCUUACAAUCGAUGCCCCCUCUACCCCUCGCAAUGGAAAUCUUUCCAUCAGCGACAACUGCUGGCAACACUGACAGGCGAACUGUCUAUGGCACAGGCAAGGCACAGGAAAGUGCGCAGCUGUUCCGGUGUCAUCUCUGCCAAUAUACAACACCUAGGCUUUACAAGUUAAAAUCGCACGUGGUAUCGCACGGCACGGAGAAACCCUUCAAGUGCGAGGUUUGCCCAGCGGCGUAUAAGACCUUGGAAAGCUAUAAAGCCCACAUCUGCAAACAUACAGGAGAAAAGCUGUAUCAGUGCCACCUUUGCCCGUAUUGGACGGCUUACUGGAAUCGCCUGUUGAACCACAGAAUAAGUCACUCAAAUGCCAAGCCUUUUGCCUGCACCAAGUGUCCAUAUAAAUCUAAAAGCAAGACGAACCUGAGUAAACACAAGCGCAUGCACACAGAUGAUCUUCCUUUCAAGUGCAAGGUCUGCUCGCUUGGUUUUCGCCGAAAGCAUAACCUAAAGAACCACAUGAAGCAGCACAUGGAGUCAUAGCUUUACUUAAAAUUGUGGGUGGUCAUCUAAGCGGCGUCCACCACACGUGUCCUGCAAGAUACGUACUGCGCACGGAUAUGGUUUGAACAGGAACCGUAAACAUAGUGCCCUGUAUUUUCACUCCUGUGCGUGUUGUACACUGCUUUUGCAUCGGAUCAUGCAUCAGCACCGAGGUCAACUUUCCAUAGUGAAGGACCUUGGCUAUAAUAGAGAGUCCACAUCGUGAUGGUGUGAAUGGUCCUGUGCUAUCCUGGAGUUUUGCAGUUGCACUCUGCUGCAGUUUUCAGCCACGUCUGAUUAGUGCUACCUGCAACGUGAACCUCUUCAUCCACUGUGUGCCUUCACCACGUCGCAGCAUUUCGACUUUGUGAUUUCUACACGAAACUGUCUUAUGCCGAGAUCCACCAUCAAGUUCCUGUAACGGAUGUGAAGUCGACGCGAACGCUUGAAAUAUGCUCUUUCUUGAUAGGGAUGGUGCCGCCAUCUAGAAGCAGUGAAGUACUGCAUCAUGACAUUAAUGGGUGCCGAAAGUGAGCGCUUCGGUAGUUUCAGCACAGCGGUGGCUCCAACGCAGUGUAGCCUGGUGUAGGCCUUAUGCUGAGGUGACGACGCAGUUUCCAUGCAGGGUUUGUCUUUCGCAUCUUAUUUGCCUGUGACGCCUCAUCACCUAUGGAGUGCAUCUUCAAUGUGCAUCAGCGGUGCUUAUUCACCAUCUACUGCUUCGCUUGCGAUGGCACCAACUAAGAAAACUGAUGCGCUAAGCGACGAAGAAAGGCAACGACGUCGACAGGCGAAUCUCGCUUUGGUUCGGCAAGAGGCACGCCAUUGUGAAGCAGAACGCCUUCGCGGCGCACGCUGCAAACUCUGCCACUCGCAUUCCUGAAGCUGAGAGCGUCGCAACUCAACUGGCUACCCAAGACACUACGGAGCCACACCAAAAUGCUCGUACCUUCGCCAAAGUGACUCGGCAGCAGGACACGAGCCAAGCAAACCUGCAACAAGGUUACCGACCCAUAAAUCGUGCGCCUUUCGCUGCAGCGGACUGUCAGUUGAUGAAGCAAACAUGCAACGGCUUCUGUGAAGACACGUUUCACUUUCGUGUUCUACUAAUUCCUAUGAAAGAGGGAUCAACCACGUGUUUUCUGUGGCAGUUACAACCGCAGCAUUGAGUGUAUCAUAUCAGUGCCAGUGCGUGCUUGUUAUCAGCUGCUCAUGUGCAACGUGCUAUAUUUCCUAACAGCGCUCAUAUUUGUUCACUGUGUUAUGUCCUUGUAUCCAAGUGCACUGUCAUAUUACGUCAUGAUUAACCAACUAGCCCACCAGUAUAUACUGUCUUAAGUAUAUUUCCUUCCUUCUUGUUAAAACUAUCCUUGUUGCCCCGUGGCCCUAUAUAUGUACCGACUGCAAUAAACCAGUAUUCUUUGUGCCGAUUGUUGUUCCGAUCAACAAACGAUACAUGGUGUCAGAAGUGGGAUAGCUACCCUCGUCCGAGAGCAGCAGGGGCGGUCGCCAAUUUCUGACUGUCGUUAACUUCUGACUGUGUGUGUUUUCACUCUUGUGCAUCAUGUACGCUGCUUUUGCAUCUGAUCUAAAGAUGGUCUUUCAUACUUCUUGAAGUCUUUCCUUACCGGGCCAAAUAUAUCAAUCAAUUUGAUAGAGAAUUUUUAGACACGGCUCAUAAACACUGCCGUUAAAAUUCUCUCACGAGCAACGCCAGGCAUGGUAUGAAGUGUCGACUGUACACUAUGUACGUUCUGUACAGCUACUGUACAAAGCACGUGAAUGCUCCAGGGCCAGUUCAUGGCUAAAUCAGCAUGCUUGCAUUGAAAAACUGCUCGAACUCAGUAGUAAAGUACGAGGAGGCUUUAUUGUGGAUGCUCCUCAACCUGACAAUUGCGUCGAGAGCCUUAAAGAAUGCAGUAAAAAGCAACCAGAUGCUUGCUGUAAUAAGUCGCAGCAAGCUUCCUGCACAAAUGCUCCCUGCACAAUAGGCACAUAUUUGUUAUCACAUUUGCGAAGCCAUGGUUUUCCCGUAUUAAAUCACUAGGGUAAUAUUCACGCCACCAAAUCUACGUAAUGUUUUUUUCGCGUGGCUAAAAAAAAUUUUAUUAUUGGGUUUUACGUGCCAGAACCGCGACCUGAUUGAGACAUGCCACAGUGGGGGACUCUGGAAUAAUUUGGACCACCUGGGGUUCUUAAACAUGCAUCUAAAUCCAAGUACAUGAGUGUUUUUGCAUUUCGUCCCCAUCGACAUGUGGCCACCGUGGCCAGGAUUGGAUCCUGCGACCUCGUGCUUACCGGCACAACACUACAGCCACUAAGCAAGCAUGGCGUAUUUUUUGUUUUUUUCCCUUGAUCUAAAUUAUAGAUGUUGACAGCUUGGAGGAAGGCGCAUAUUUUGGAUAUUUCAGGUUUUUGAACCCUCAGUACCCAGUCUAAAAAUGGCAAGUAAUUAUUUUGUAGUUUCUUUGAAGUUUCACAUAAUUCUCAAGAACUCUCCGAGCAAUAAUUUAGGUAUUACAUGCAUUCAAAACACCAACGAUUAGAAUGCAGUUUUAUGUGCAGCGGUCUAUGUUGCGACUAAUACAUCUUAAAAUAAGCUGUUAUAACAGAAGCACCGAAAAUGAGAACAUUCCGAGCGGCAAGAAAUCUUGAGUUAAAGGAUAAUCAAUGUCUGAGGGAAGUCUCACUUUAAACAUUAUUUGAAUGUAAACUUCUUGAAAAACUUUUGUAGUUGUGCUGACACCAUGUUAUUAGACAAUGAAGAACUUCUUGAAGUCCGUACCAGUAAUCACAAUUUAUAUCAGUUUUCACGACAAUGAUUAAUAUUGUAUAGUAAACAAAAGGCACGCGCAUAAAAAAAGUCCCUCUGCAAGGACUCGAACUCGGGUCCUUGCGUUCACUUUUGUAACUUUUUAACCACUAUAACAUGGAAGUUCCAUUGAAUUCACCCCAUAUUUGGAGCAUGUUAUGCAGCUGAACGCAGGUUCAGCACACACUAUGCAGGGAGAGUUUAUUGUAUGUAAAGUGGAACCUCGUUGAUACGAUGUUCGCGGGAACCAGAAAAUAAAACGUAUCAUCCAAAAAUCGUAUCAUCCAAAGCAAGCCCCAAAACAUAAGAAAACUGGCUUACUUGGUGACAAACUUGACGGCAAAGUUUCCUGUGGCGUCGAGUGAUACUGCUCCGAAUACCACGCGUGUUAUGCAAAGCAGCAUCACGACACUGCACGAACCGCAGCCAACACACUUUUAUUCAGCAACUUUAAAAUAGCUAGACAGUUUUUGCUGAACUUCCUUUUUUUCGAAGUCUGUUUUUUUAGAAAGAUAAAAAAAGAGCCGCCGUUUCUUCACUCAACUGCGCAUUUGCGAUGAAGCCGCGAUGAGCAUCUCUGCGAGUGGGUCGCCAGCAGUUGAGCACCGGCUGCCGCAGCUGUCACCACCUCCUUCGGUGCCGUUAUCUUCGCCAUCAUCACAGCCGCCUUCCGUGCUUCUUUAUAUUUUUUUUACGGUAAACUAACAAGCGCGAGCGAAAGGUGACGCGAGCCGAUGAUACUUCGAGCGCGACACGGCCGGUCUGGAGGCGCGCACUCCUUUCCAUCUUUUAAGAGCGAGCGCGUGCCUCCAAACUGGCCAUGCCCACACGUACAUCACUGAACGCAGCUCUCAUUGGUUGGCUUCGCUCGUGGCUCAUUUACCGCCAGGGCGCGCGGCAAUAUAAAUCAGUCCAGGACGGAUCCCUCCCACAGCACGAAAAACCUGCUUCGUGGCAGCUUUUGCGGCGUGCAGUGCACGUUUUUUCGCUAGUGUCGCUGGCCCUUAACACAUCGUUCGUGGGUCAUUGUGUUAAUAUAGUACACUUGAAUAUAAAGCUACAAGUUUCAGAAAUAACAGUUUACAGUUGUAUCAUUCAAUUUCAGGUGGAAACUGCAUUGUAUCAACCUCAUGAAAAUACAUUGCUCCUAUUUAGCCAGGAAACGAGAAAGAAACAUAUCAUCCCGUAAAACGUAUUACGCAGUCCUAUCAACGAGGUUCCACUGUAUUUAGAGUCAAUGUGGCUGCAAAAUGCCGAUGGCAUAUUACUCGCAGGGUAAUUAAAUCAGGGUAGCUUAUUCAGGGAGAAAUCCGUUUCGUUUCUAUCAGAUUUGUCCUCAAGGCAGAUCGUUCGUUGUUUUUGCUUUUUUCUUUUCUGCUCUUUUGUCUUCUCCCUGAAAUGGUGUAAUCGACACAACCGUUAUUAUGUUUAACUUAUCUGCCUUUUGUCUUCUAGAAUAUAUCCUUUCUCACUCGACAUUAAAUGGCUUUGGUACACUGUAAUCGCAGUCUUUGUAUAGUUUGUUGCUUUGCGAGACCUAAGAUGCCGUUUAGCAGUGUAGAAAUGUCUAGAAAAUAUACACUCGUUAUAGAAUCACUUCACUGAAACUGGAAUUCAUGGAGUCAAAAUGUUUUCGCAGCUGUCUCCAGCAUUCGUGAGCGUUACCUUGCUGUAAAUCGGAAACUUUUCUUAAAGGGCCCCUUAUCAGGUCUGCCCAUUUUGAGCUGAUAAGCGCAGUGCAUACAAUGCAUGCUAACGAUCGUGUCUGCUAAAUAUUACUUCACUACACGCCGUGGAAAGAGCUGAAAUUUCAAACCAAAUGAAGUUUUUCCUUCUCAUUGUGGCCGCCACGCUCCCAACUGGAGAGUGACGUACAUGUCAUAAGUGUGCUACGUACAUCGCCGUGCUGUGACAUCACUCUCAGUGACCCGUGACUUCGAGAAUUAUUUAAGGCAGCAUCGGUUAUUUUUUUGAUCUCUUGCUUCUAAAGACGAAUUAAAGUUUAGAGAAAAUAAAACAUACAGACCGGAUGUGUGCGCGUUUUCAUUUUUAUUUCGUACUGUAGGUUUUUACUUCAUACUGUAGCAAGAGAGAUGUAUUUCUGUUUCGUCUGCUUGUUCCCACGUCGUGCAGUCACACGCGCUUACAACGAAACUAUGUUAUUUUCUACCGUGUUCCAGUGCACUAUCAUGCUCUCUGUUCUGCUUGUGUCUGCCUCAGUGUUCGUGUAGCACUGACUGAUACCGCUAGUCGGGUGUUCUAGUGCACAGUGCGCAAAAUCGUGCAAUGUGCAAAACGAGACAAACGCAACAGCUCGCGCGCGACACCGUCAGCGAAGUGCGUCGCGCAGCAAGAAAGCGAGGGUAAAAGAAAAAAGAAGGCGGGGCCCGUGACGUAUGCGUCAUGCGGUCCUUGAGCUCCAUUAUGGGAGAAAGCAGAGAAGGAAUUUCGCUUGCGGAGGCUAGACAGGGCUAGUGGAGAGAAUGCCUAUGUUGCUGGUGAAGCUCGCCUCCUGAAAUCAUGCGUUUGUGGCACUGAAAUAUUUAUAUCUCGGCUAUUAAUGAACCAUUUUGAAAAAUCCAUGUGGUAGAACGCUCUGUAGAGGGCGCGUAACAACUUCAAACGUAUAACCGAAACUUUCUAUGUGGCCUGGUGAGGGGCCCUUUAAGGAUGCCCCCCAAUUUUUGCUAUACUCAAGCUUGCGUGUACUAAGUCAUGACAGAUGUCAUCAGUAACGGCGUAGCGCCGUGAUUACUGUUGAUGCAAUGCAAGCUGAGAUGUCGGCAUUCUAGUGUUGUAAUUUCUGAGCAACACUACAUUACUAAAAAAUAAAAAAUUCCUGGAUGUCUCCUUUCUUAUAGCGCAACACUUAAUUGGCAACAGGUUUUUUGGCCCAGCAGUGGACAUAAAAAAAAUUUUAAAUUAAAUUAUGGGGUUUUACAUGCCAAAACCACGAUCUGAUUAUGAGGCAUGCUGUAGUGGGGGACUACGGAUAUUUGGACCACCUGGGGUUCUUUAAUGUGCACCUAAAUCUAAGUACAUAAAGGAGGAGGAGAGGAAAGAAUGGGACAAGGCAGGGAUGUUAGACGGAAAAGCAUCUUGUUGGCUACCCUGCUCUGGGGGAUGGGAAGAGGGUAAUUGAAAGAUGACAGAGAGAGAGCGGAAGGAAAGACGCAGUGAAUCCACGCAGGCUAUUUACAAUCAUGAUGGUGGUGUUAAUAUCACUACGGAAGUUCCUCUGUAGAUCGUUUUGUUUCUAAAGACGAAAUUGCUUUAAAAAAAAUGAAAAUUUCAUAGUAAAUUGAGAGUGUGCUAUUUUUAAUUUUUUUUUACAAA